CUUUUGAUGCAUUAUAACUUUCUCAGGAAAUUGCAUGCAAUAUGGGCCUGGAGCUUGGAAAGAUAAAAAUAAAGCGGUUUGCUGAUGGCGAGAUUUAUGUUCAGUUGCAAGAGAGCGUUAGAGGAUGUGAUGUUUUUCUAGUACAACCCACCAGCCCUCCAGCGAAUGAGAAUCUCAUGGAGCUUUUAAUAAUGAUCGAUGCUUGUCGGAGAGCAUCUGCCAAGAACAUUACUGCUGUGAUACCAUAUUUUGGAUACGCUAGAGCAGAUAGAAAGACUCAAGGUCGUGAGUCAAUUGCAGCUAAACUUGUAGCAAACUUGAUUACAGAAGCAGGUGCAAACCGUGUUCUUGCUUGUGAUCUUCAUUCCGGGCAGUCCAUGGGUUAUUUUGAUAUUCCUGUAGAUCAUGUAUAUGGUCAGCCUGUGAUUCUUGAUUAUCUAGCGAGCAAGACUAUAUGUUCUGAUGAUCUGGUAGUGGUCUCCCCGGACGUUGGAGGUGUUGCUAGAGCCCGUGCUUUUGCCAAGAAGCUAUCUGAUGCCCCUCUUGCCAUUGUCGAUAAACGACGUCAUGGCCACAACGUUGCAGAGGUGAUGAAUCUGAUUGGUGAUGUCAAAGGCAAAGUAGCAGUUAUGGUGGAUGACAUGAUUGACACUGCUGGGACUAUUUCAAAAGGUGCAGCUUUGUUACAUCAAGAGGGGGCCAGGGAAGUCUAUGCAUGUAGCACACAUGCUGUUUUCAGCCCUCCUGCUAUCGAGAGGUUAUCAAGUGGCCUGUUUCAAGAGGUGAUCAUUACAAAUACCAUUCCAGUGACGGAGAAGAAUUACUUCCCACAGCUCACAAUUUUAUCUGUAGCAAACCUAUUGGGCGAGACCAUUUGGCGUGUUCAUGAUGACUGCUCUGUGAGUAGUAUUUUUCAGUAAAUUGGGUUAUUAAGAAAAUGGGAUUACUUCUUUAAUCCAGAUAUGGAUUGUUCUAUAACUUUCGUGUUCCUUCUGUCCAUCUUUUUUCAUUCUUACCCAGCCCCCCAAAAAAAAAAACCUUUUUGCUGCUUCUCUCCUUUCUUCAUCUCGUCUCUCUCUCUCUCUCAAACAUUACUUCUUUCUACCUAUAGUAUCCCUGAUCAUAUUGACUUGGGUCUACCUAUCACCGAGAAAAUACUUGAAUCACUGAACUUGGUUCUGUUCCCUUAAUCCAUUUAUAGAGAUUAGGUUCUACAACCAGUCGAAUUGAUACCAAAAGUUUUGACUUCUAUCUGCUUUUCUCUGAGAAUCUUAAUCAGACUGAUCAAGCUCUUCUUUACUUGAUUUUAAUCAAUCAAUUUGUAAAUCAGUUUCAGUGGGAAUAGCUUCAUGUUGGACUUUUUUCUAACUGAUUGUCAGGGUACCUUUGAACCCUUUACAAGCCUGGGCAUUGAUUGAAACAAAAUCUCAAUGGUGGUGUACACUCCUUCCCAGCUCUCACUGCCACCGGCCCACCAGUAAAUUACUUUAUUGGAAACAUGAUUGUCAAUAGGUUGUCAAAUUUCUAUGCAACGAUUCCUUUGCUAUUCUUUCUCAAAGUCUGUACAACUUGGGGUUAAGUGGGGAGCUCUCUGACUGUUAGGUACAUUAGGUAUCCUUCUCUAUUCUGGAAAUUCCCAUUUCCCCAAAGCUAUAAUAGAUAACACAUCGUUUUCAAUGUUGAUUGAUUGAUGGAAAUUUCUAUAUGCUUGAAGUGUGCUUUGCUAUUAUAGACUGCAGAAGAUGUAACUAUAAAUUUUGAAUUAUUUGUACUUCUGAAAGUACCUUUCAUCA